UCUCCUGCUCCUGCAUCCAUCCAUCCGCUGUUGUUGUGGAGCGGUGAUGGAGAAGAGAAGGAGCUGCUUUUAGUGACGGUCAGCGGGGCUACUCCAACCGCGAGAGAGGGGGAGAAAAGCGGCCGACGGAGGGAGGAUGGAUACGGUGGAGCAGCUCGUCUCCUUCCACCACAUUCAGGUCCAUUUGUGCGGCGGCGCUCCGUGGGGCUUCACGCUGAAAGGAGGACUGGAACACGGCGAGCCGCUCAUCAUCACCAAAAUCGAGGAUGGAGGGAAAGCCGCCCAGUGCAAGAAGCUGAAGGUGGGCGAUGAGCUCAUUAACAUAAAUGGCUCCACCCUCUACGGCAGCAGACAGGAGGCCCUCAUCCUCAUCAAGGGAUCGUACCGAAUGCUGAAGCUCACGAUCAGGAGCGGAUGUGCGGUUUGUUCGUACGACAGCCACCUUGAUGUUGGUUUUGAUUCAUUGCUGCAGGGAAGGAAGGACGGUGAGCGAGGAGAUAAAGGAGUCAGGGUAGUUUUCCGUUGCAGCCAGUGA